AUGUUCAAUAACCCCUUUUCCAGGUCAGCCCAGCCCCAGUCGGCAAACGCAACGGCACAAGCAGCGACCACUGGACUUACACCAAACACCGGUGCAAUUGUCCCCUUUAACUCACAGCAACCCGUCAGCACUUCCCUAUUUGGUGGGUCCACGGGUGCGUUUGGGUCCACUGCCGCCAGUGGCCAGCAAAGCAAUUUAUUUGGCGUGUCGCCAUCGCCAGCUACAACGACGGCCACAGCAACAAACCCGUUUGGCUCUGCAUUCCAAUCAUCUAACCCCUCAUUUGGGGGAGCCGGAGCUACCCUCGCUGCACAACCGGCAACUUCGGCCACCGCCAACCCUUCUUUCGGAUCUGGCUCCUUUGGCUCAGCAGCACCAUCGAGUUCGCUGUUUGGUGGGUCUUCCUCAAAUACGACCCAAACAUCAUUGUUUGGGGGCUCUUCGUCUUCAGCUGCGGCGCCAACCUCGCUGUUUGGAACGGCAUCCACGUCUACUACAACGCCGUCUCUCUUUGGAAUGAAUGCUUCCUCAGGGACCGCCCCAAGUUCUGCAUUUGGUGCAACAUCAAACGUUGCGCCAUCUUCCACAUUUCCUGGGAGCAGUAUUUUCGGCUCUGCGCCCUCUUUUGGAUCUGCUUUUCCAGCAUCUUCUACGACACCUAGCGCCCCGGGAUCCGGGUCCAGCUCUAUUUUUCAAGUGUCUGGAAAUACUCCAGCAUUUGGCACGACCUUUUCUCAGCCGACAGCAUCAUCGUCUUUUUCUCAGCCAGCUUCAUCAACAUCGUCUUUUUCUCAACCAACAUCCUCAACGUCAUCGUCAUCAUCGACAUUUCAACAACCGACGCCAUUUGGAACCACAUCCUCAACCCAGUUUGGCUCGUCCGCAUUUAACGGUGGAACGACCAUGUCAUCUUCAGUGCAACCUUCUCUUUUUGGCUCUUCGAUGACAUCUUCGGGUAGUGUAUUUGGGAAUGCAGCACCCCAAACUUCGUUUGCAGGCCAAACGCAAUCUUUUGGUAGCGGUGCCGGGCUUUUUGGGUCCUCAACCUCUGGUACACAACCAUCUCAGUUCCAACCGCAGCAGACAACUAACCUUUCUUUUGGCAGUUCUACCUCUUCGCUUCCUUUUGGGGCAACCCCUUCUCUUGGGACUGGAAACCCGCCAUACACAACUACAACUGAUACCGAUAAUCAAACUACACUGCAUCUGCAAAGCAUAUCGGCGAUGCCUGCAUAUAUCUCAAAAUCGGUUGAAGAGCUUCGCCUUGAAGACUAUCAUCGUGGUAGGAAGGCGCCUGGUUACGGAUCUCCAGGCGUAACAACCCCUACGGCCACUACGCCGUUUGGUAUUGGAUCUACUCCAUCUCCCUUUGGCGUUGGGGCGCCCUCUUCUGGCUUUGGAACUACUUCUGGCUUCGGAUCUACUUCAUCUAAUCAACCUUUUGCAAAUACAUCUAUGUUUGGAGCAGCUGCCACUCAACCAACAACGUCAAUAUUUGGAACUGCAUCCCAGCCUGCUUCUUCAGCUAACACGACCGGCUCGAUGUUUCCAUCAGCAUCAUCUACAUCUACCACGCCAUUUUCAACUGCCCCUCUGCAACCUGGAGGCAAUACCGUCUUUCAACCGACACCGUUCCAGCCAACGAAUACUUCUAGCUCAAUAUUUGGUUCAUUUCCCACCACAUCUGCGCCCGCAGCAACCGCACCGUCCUCAUUUGCUACCACCACCCCAUUUACCUCAUCGACACUCGGUACUGGAGGGAUGUUUGGACAGCAAACACAGCCACAGCCCCAGCCGCAAACACAACCUCAACAAACUGCAUCCUCGUUCCUUGGGUCUACAUUGUUUGGGGCUGGACAACAACAGCCCUCGUCCGCCACAGCAACCACACCAUCCACAUUAGGAACUGGAGGCUCAUUUUUCCAGAACCAGAUGCCAUCCUCUGGAUCUUUAUUUUCUCAGCCACAACAACCAACAAGCACUAUGACUUCUUCUUUGAAUGCUCCAGGAAUGGCGUCAUUGGGAGCUCCUGUAACUGCAGCACCUAGCACCACACCUGCUCCAUCAACAUUUUCCUUCCAAUUACAACCUUCAGGGGCCUCAGGCCAACCGUCAAGUCUACCUUCAUUUACAUCAACAAAUAAUCGUCCUUUGACAACCAGUGGUACUGCUCCAUUGACACCAUUUACCCAACCAUGGUCAACGCCGGCAAUGAUGUCUUCUGCCACUGGAGGCACUCCAGUGUCUCUUCAGACACCUGGGGCUGCUAACAUGACACCUAAAGCAUCAGCCCAAUUUGGUCGGCACCCCUGGCUUGAUGCGCCACCAACACCGACAGCCUCAACCCCUUUAUUAACAACCACAUCAAUGCCAAAAGCGACCUCCUCAAUAGGCAUGCAGUCGAAGCUCGGAAAAUCAUGUCUUUCUCAGCCGUUAACAUCGUCAAGUCUUACUCAACAGUCAACAUCCUCAAGCCUCAACCAACAGUCUUUAGCCUUUCCCAAUCUAAAUGGCUCUGGAAAGGUUUCGCUGAUCUCCAGCAAUACACUUAGGCAAUUACACCCAAAUCUGCCAUCUUUGUUUCCUUUGCUUUCCGUUAAAAAGUCAUUGAAGACACUUGUAGUUGAUUUUAAUGAAGACCGCAAAGACUUUACCCCGAGCAUUACAAACCGGUUUAACGCCGAAAACCGCAAUAGCCUCGAAAAGAACGGAAAUUUGGGGGAUUUCCAUGUUCUCGGUACUCAGGGCUCUCCUCCUGAACAUCUUAAUUUCGAUAAUUCUCAAGAAAGCGUCCUAAGUGGGUCCAGAAGCAGGGUGCAAUCACUUCCUGGCGGCUUCUAUAUAUCACCACCUGUGACGGAGAUCAUUGCAGCUUGUAUAAAUUCGAAGGUCCCUCUUACGAUCAAGGAAUUUCUUUUAGGUCGAAAACAUUUUGGAGAUGUCUCUUUUUUGUCCCCUGUAGUAGACAUCGCGUCGUUCCUGCCCGUCACAGACGAAAAAUCAUUUGUUCUUCGGUUGUUCGGGAAAGAGGCCGUUUCUUCUGCAGAUACACAUUUAGAAGAAGAUGAUGAUGAUGAGGGAAAUGAAAACAAUCCGAUUGUAUCAUUUGGGCCUCGAUCGAUUACUAUAUAUCCCGAGGGUAUGGAAAAGCCGCCAGUAAAUAUUGGUUUUAAUCUUCCGGCACGUAUUAGGCUUGAGGGAUGCUAUCCGCGGAGAUCCCAUGACUCAGAUAACCAGAUCCACGAAUCUUCAGUCCUAGAUGCAUUUGUAAAGAAACUGCGAUCGGUUCCAGGAACCACGUUCCUCUCUUACGAAGAAACCACCGGGCUUUGGGUGUUUUCGGUAGAGCACUUUUAG